GGAGGAGUCCAAAAAAACUCUCGUCUUAUUUGAUGAAACUCUGAUCACAUGAGGUCAGAACUUCACCAACAGAGGGAAAAGUCUGUGUUGUACUUUAUGUACAGGUAUGUGUGUGUGUGAGAGAGACAGAAAGAGGGUUAGGGAGUAAGAACUUUGGAAUCUUAUCAUGAGAAGGUGAGAAGUGAGAAACACAGAGGUGCUGAGUUCUGUUCUGUGGAACAACACACACAGACGUGUGGCGCAGGAAGAAUGCCCACCAACUUCACGGUGGUGCCGGUGGAGGAUGGCAGCAGGAGGUCUCGGCAUGGGAGUGUCUGCUUGGAAGAGGCCAGGGAGGGGCUGAGCCCUGGGGGAUACUCAGUUGGAGAUGACACUCCCCGAGAGAGCAGCCCUUUCAUCAACGACGAGGACAAAGGGGCCUACUACGAUGGCAAGAACAUGGCUCUGUUUGAGGAGGAGAUGGACAGCCACCCCAUGGUAUCGUCCCUCCUCAACAAGCUGGCCAACUACACCAACCUCACGCAGGGUGUCAUCGAGCACGAGGAGGCGGAGAACGAGGAGGGCGCAAAGAAGGUCACCGUCACGGCCCCUCAGAUGGGCACGUUCAUCGGGGUGUACCUGCCCUGCAUGCAGAACAUCCUGGGGGUCAUCCUCUUCCUGCGACUCACCUGGAUCGUCGGCACCGCAGGCAUCAUGGAGACCUUCGCCAUUGUGUUCAUGUGCUGCGCUUGUACCAUGCUGACUGCCAUAUCCAUGAGUGCUAUCGCAACCAACGGAGUAGUACCAGCUGGGGGCUCGUACUACAUGAUCUCCAGGUCUCUGGGUCCGGAGUUCGGAGGAGCCGUGGGUCUGUGUUUCUACCUUGGGACAACGUUCGCUGGAUCCAUGUACAUCCUGGGAACCAUCGAGAUCCUGCUGACCUACAUCGUUCCCAGCUGGGCAGUGUUUGUGGCGGAGAAGCAGGAGGAUGAGAAGGGAGCCCUGCUCAACAACAUGCGCGUGUACGGCACCUGCUGCCUGGCCCUCAUGGCCCUGGUGGUGUUUGUGGGGGUGAAGUACGUCAACAAGCUGGCUCUGGUGUUCCUCUCCUGUGUGGUGCUGUCCAUCAUCGCCAUCUACGCCGGGGUUGUCAAGACCGCCAUUGAGCCGCCUGACUUCCCUAUCUGUCUUCUGGGGAACCGUUCUCUGAAGAACCACAACUUCGACAAGUGUCUGAAGACGGAGGUGAUCAGGAACGUGACCCACACCACGCAGCUGUGGGGCCUGUUCUGCGACAGCGCCGCCCUCAACGCCACCUGCGACGAAUACUUCACCCUCAACAACGUGACGGAGAUCCAGGGCAUCCCCGGUCUGCUCAGCGGGGUCAUCUCAGACAACAUGUGGGGGGACUAUGGUCCCAGUGGUAUGCUGGUUGAGACAAAGAACCACGCGUCGGUCCCAGCUCAGGACAGCUCUAACGACAUGAACAAGCCUUACGUGUCAAACGACAUCGCCACCUUCUUCACCCUGCUGGUGGGCAUCUACUUCCCCUCCGUCACAGGAAUCAUGGCAGGCUCCAACAGAUCAGGUGACCUGAGAGACGCUCAGAGGUCCAUUCCCAUUGGCACCAUCCUCGCCAUAGCAACCACCUCUUUCAUCUACAUUUCCUGUGUGGGUUUGUUUGGAGCGUGUAUUGAAGGAGUUGUGCUGAGAGACAAGUUUGGAGACUCUGUAAACAAGAACUUAGUGAUUGGUACUCUGGCAUGGCCCUCCCCCUGGGUGAUUGUGAUUGGCUCCUUCUUCUCCUGCUGUGGGGCGGGGCUUCAGAGUCUGACUGGCGCCCCCCGGCUGUUGCAGGCCAUAGCGCGGGACGGCAUCGUGCCCUUCCUGCAGGUGUUUGGUCACGGCAAGGCCAACGGGGAACCCACCUGGGCUCUGCUGAUGACGGCUGGCAUCUGUGAGAUUGGAAUCCUCAUCGCAUCACUGGACGCCGUGGCUCCUAUCCUGUCCAUGUUCUUCCUCAUGUGCUACCUAUUUGUCAACCUGGCCUGUGCCGUCCAGACCCUGCUGUGCACGCCCAACUGGAGACCUCGCUUCAAGUUCUACCACUGGACCCUGUCCUUCCUGGGCAUGAGCCUGUGUCUCUCCCUCAUGUUCAUCUCCUCCUGGUACUACGCCCUGGUCGCCAUGCUCAUCGCCGGAUGCAUCUACAAGUACAUCGAGUACAGAGGGGCAGAGAAGGAGUGGGGAGAUGGGCUCAGAGGACUGUCUCUGAACGCUGCACGCUACGCCCUCAUCCGCCUGGAGGAGUCGCCGCCACACACCAAGAACUGGAGGCCCCAGCUCCUGGUGCUGCUGAAGCUGGACAGUGACCUGGGGGUGAAGCACCCUCGCCUGCUCUCCUUCACCACCCAGCUGAAGGCAGGCAAGGGCCUGACCAUCGUCAGCUCUGUCCUGGAGGGAACAUACAUGGCCAGGGGCUCAGACGCCAAGCGCUCGGAGCAGAACCUGAAGGCGGCCAUGUCAGCGGAGCGUACCAAAGGCUUCUGUCACGUGGUGGUGUCGUCCAACCUGCGAGAUGGUUUCUCCCACCUCAUCCAGUCAGCAGGCCUGGGGGGCAUGAAGCACAACGCUGUCCUGAUGGCCUGGCCUGGGGGGUGGAAACAGGCCCAGGACUCCUACCCCUGGAAGAACUUCAUAGAGACCGUCAGAGAGACCACCUCGGCCCACCAGGCCCUGCUCGUUGCUAAGAACAUCGACCACUUCCCUAGCAACCAGGCACGCCUUGGGCAAGGGACCAUUGACGUGUGGUGGAUCGUCCAUGACGGAGGUCUGCUUAUGCUGCUGCCCUUCCUGCUGAGGCAGCACAAGGUGUGGAGGAAGUGUAAGAUGCGCAUCUUCACCGUGGCCAACAUGGAUGACAACAGUAUUCAGAUGAAGAAGGACCUGCAGUCGUUCCUGUACCAGCUGCGACUCGAUGCCGAGGUGGAGGUGGUGGAGAUGCAUGAGAGUGACAUCUCAGCGUUCACCUAUGAGAAGACCCUGGUGAUGGAGCAGCGCUCCCAGAUGCUGAAGCAGAUGCAGCUGUCCCGGAAUGAGAGGGAGAGAGAGAUUCAGAGCAUCACUGACGAAUCGCGUAGCUCCAUCAAGAGGAAGAGAUCAUCCGUGGUGGAUGUUCCCACCCCCAACACACUACAGGUCCCCGGGAUAAGCAUCUGGAAUGACGAGGCCCAGCUGAUCCACGACAGGAACACAGCAUCUCACACCACCAUCAACGACCGGGCCGUGCCCGCCACGCCCGACCGCGUCCACAUGACCUGGACCAAAGACAAGCUGGCCACGGAGAGGAACCGGAGCCGCGAGGCCAACAUGGGGGUCAAGGACCUGUUCAACAUGAAGCCAGAGUGGGAGAGUCUGAACCAGACGAACGUGCGGAGGAUGCACACAGCGGUCAAGCUGAACGAGGUGGUGGUGAACAAGUCUCAGGGCGCUCAGCUGGUGCUGCUCAACAUGCCCGGACCGCCCAAGAACAAGGGAGGGGACGAGAACUACAUGGAGUUCCUGGAGGUCCUGAUGGACGGGCUGGACCGCGUCCUGCUGGUGAGGGGCGGGGGCAGGGAGGUCAUCACCAUCUACUCCUAAAGCCGGCGUGCCGCGGACGGGACACAGGGGGCAGGCUGGGACGCCUGGCCUGGGGGGCGGGAGGGGUCUGGAAGAAGAGGAGAAGGUUGUCCUCUGCAGGGCUGGAGGACCCUGGUGGAGGUGGAGGUGGGGAGGGGAGCGAUGCCAGUGCGAUGCAGGCUGAGCAUGUAGCAAGCAGGCUGUCUGGGAGGACCAUUCCCCCCCCCCCCCCCCCCCCCCCAACGCCCUGGUUCCUCUAUCCCAUAAUAACUCUCUGAAGUUUGGCUUUCCUGUGCUAGUAGUGCGAGCACACCCCUAGUGAAGCAGCUGAGCUUGCUGCCUUCCCCAGCCUGGUGACUCCUCUUCUGCCUGGGCUGUGGCUGUGCUCCUCCAGGCCCACCUCCAGUCCCACCUCCAGUCCCACCUCCAGUCCCACCUCCAGACCCACCUCCAGACCC